AGCGGCUAAUGGCUGACUGGGAGUUAUGGAUUAGCUAACGUUCGCUCACUUGUAAAUGUUUAACGACAUUUCUGUGUGUGUGACUGAAAGCGGUGUUUGCAUUGCCUUGGUUUUAUGAGUCUAAUGUGCUUUUUGUUUUUGCGUGGCGAUUUGUGGAAUUCAUUUAUGCCCUCGCUGCAACCGUUGGCCAGCAGGUUCUGAUGUGGGCAUUUGUACUGGUGGACUCUUCCUGACACUGCACUUGGAAGGCAGAGGAUACAAAGUGCCAAGCCGUGUGGGCUGGCAGCUGCUCCUCACCAUGUCCAAGAGCAAGAGUUCCGAGUCUGUAAAGGUGGUGGUUCGUUGUCGCCCCAUGAAUGAAAAAGAACGGGCUGCCAAGUUUGAAAGGGUGGUCUCUGUUGAUGUAAAACUGGGUCAAAUUAUUGUCAGGAACCCCAGGGAAGCUUCAGCCAGCGAACUCCCCAAAGUCUUCACUUUUGAUUCAGUCUACGACUGGAACUCCAAGCAAAUAGAUCUGUAUGAUGAAACCUUCAGACCCUUAGUGGAAUCAGUUCUUUUUGGUUUCAAUGGGACCAUCUUUGCCUACGGGCAGACGGGUACAGGGAAGACGUACACUAUGGAGGGGGUGAGAAAUGAUCCAGAGAGGAGAGGGGUUAUCCCUAACUCCUUUGAGCACAUCUUCACACACAUUUCACGGUCCCAGAAUCAGCAGUACCUGGUGAGAGCAUCAUAUCUUGAAAUUUACCAAGAGGAGAUCAGAGACUUGCUGUCCAAGGACCAGUCACGACGCCUUGAGCUCAGGGAGAGGCCCGACACAGGUGUGUAUGUUAAAGACCUUUCAUCAUUUGUCACCAAGAGUGUGCGGGAGAUCGAGCAUGUCAUGAACGUGGGCAACCAGAAUCGUUCAGUGGGUGCCACUAACAUGAAUGAACACAGCUCCCGAUCUCACGCCAUAUUUGUCAUUACUGUUGAGUGCAGUGAGUUGGGUGUGGAUGGGGAGAACCAUAUCAGAGUUGGCAAACUGAACCUGGUAGAUUUAGCAGGCAGCGAAAGGCAGACCAAGACUGGCGCUCAGGGGGAGAGGCUGAAAGAAGCUACAAAGAUCAAUCUGUCACUUUCUGCUCUGGGGAAUGUCAUAUCAGCUCUGGUGGACGGCAGGAGCAGCCACAUCCCCUACCGAGAUUCAAAACUCACCCGUCUGCUGCAGGACUCUCUAGGAGGCAACGCCCGCACUGUCAUGGUUGCCAACAUUGGCCCAGCAUCCUACAACGUGGAGGAGACCUUGACAACACUGCGCUAUUCUAACAGGGCAAAGAACAUCAAGAAUAAACCACGUAUCAAUGAGGACCCGAAGGAUGCCCUGCUGAGGGAGUUUCAGGAGGAGAUUGCGAGGCUGAAAGCACAGCUGCAAAAGCGCUCAGGAAAGAAAAAAAAGAGGAGGCAGAGGAGGAGGGCCGGGGAAGGGAGCGAUGGUGAGGAUCUGGAAGAAGGAGAGACAGAGGAUGAUGAUGAAGAUGGAGAUGGAGAUGACAAAGGAGAUUACUGGCGGGAGCAGCAGGAGAAGCUGGAGAGAGAGAGGAAGGCCAUCAUGGAGGAUCACAGUCUGGUGGCUGAGGAGAAAGUUCGGCUGCUAAAAGAGAAGGAGAAGAAAAUGGAAGACUUGAGGAAGGAGCGGGAGGCCGGAGAACUGCUUGCAGCCAAAGUUAAGGCAAUGGAGAGUAAGCUUCUGGUCGGGGGGAAGAACAUAGUGGAUCACACCAAUGAGCAACAGAGAAUGCUGGAGCUAAAGAGGCAGGAAAUUGCGGAACAGAAACGGAGAGAGCGAGAGAUGCAGCAGCAGAUGGAGAGUCGUGAUGAGGAGACUCUGGAGCUGAAGGAGACCUACAGCUCCCUGCAGCAGGAGGUCGACAUCAAAACCAAGAAGCUGAAAAAGCUCUUUGCCAAACUGCAGGCAGUGAAGGCAGAAAUCCAAGACCUCCAGGAGGCACACAUCAACGAGCGCCAGGAGCUGGAACAAACCCAGAAUGAGCUCACCAGGGACCUCAAACUCAAGCAUCUGAUCAUUGAGAACUUCAUUCCCUUAGAGGAGAAGAACAAAAUAGUCAACAGAGCUUACCUUGAUGAGGAGGAUGAGUACUGGAAAAUGAAGCCCAUCACACGUAUAGAGGAUGAACAUCAGAUGAUGACCAGGCCUCUGUCUGCAGUCGGCUACAGGAGGCCUCUCUGUCAGCAUGCUCGCAUGGCCAUGAUGAUGAAGCCUGACAUGAGAUACAAAGCAGAAAACAUCCUGAUACUGGACAUGGACAUACCAGCGAGGACCACUAAAGAGUAUCAGGAGCCCGUUAUCGCCCCAAAGGUGGCGGCAGCUCUGGAGGACGCUCUUCGGGAUGAGGAUGAGAUCCAGGUAGAUGCCUCAGGCUUUCACAGCAGUUUGGGUCCAACCCCACCAACCAGCGCCAGCGGCAGCCUCAAGAAACCAAAGUCUGGUCGACCAAGAACAGGCAAGAAGUCGAGCACCCCGACCUCUCCUUUCAGCCCCUCUAGCCCAGGAUCUCCUCUUUAUCCACAAUCCCGUGGCCUGGUGCCCAAGUGACAGCUCCUGCCACUACUCUCAUGGCCACCAACCUCUCUUGUGCACCUUUUCCACUUUGGGACCCAACUUUGAGAGAAUGGGUUUGCUUUUGUCAAAGCUGUGUUUUUUUUGUCCAGACUACAGAAUCCUGGAUUCUACAAACGAUAGAGAAAUCUUUAAUACUAAUGCUGCUUUGUAGGUUUUAACUGUAACCACACCACUAUUAACUGUUGUCAUGAGCUUUUCAUUUGGAGAUUUGAAGCCCCUCAUCCUGAGUGUGAGUCAGUACAACACCAGGACAGCAGCCAUGCAUGAAGCCUCACAUCACUCUGCUCUGCUAUUACCUGACCCUGCUUUUGGCAGAAUGCCAGCAAUGUCUUAUAUCUACAUCACAAUGUUCUUAAUGUACAGGAAAAAAAAUGAAGGUGGGCUUAGAACCCCCCCUUAAUGGACCGCAGUAUCUUCUUGCACUUCUUCAUAGCUUCCCAGAUGUGUGUUGUCUGUUGGGUGUUGUAGUCCUCUCUCUUACUGUAACUGUGGAUGUUGUGGAGGUGUGGUGGGGUUGACUGGGCAGCUCUGCUGCACUUGUUGCUAACAGACUGUGUGUGUGUAGGUGUUUGUCAGUGUGUUGUAUGUCUGGAUGCAUAUGUGUGUGUGUGUGCGUGUGUGUGUCUAUCUUAACGUUGCUGUCUGUAUAUUGACCUUUUUGGUUUACGUCAAACUGCGCUGUCUUUUUCAUGGUUGGACUUCUGAUAACGUUGGGGUGGAGCUUUAACCCCCUGUGCAUGUUGUUUUAUGUCUUAAAGGAACAUUUUGGGAAAUAUGCUUUGUUGCAGAGAGUUAGCUGAGAAGAUCAGACCACUCUCAUGCCUGUACAGUAAACAUGAAGCUAGAGGUGAUAAUCAGCUUGUCUUGACAGUCUUCACUGGUUUCCCGGUGACCUCAUGGUGCCAGUGAGGCUACAGGAAGCCUUUAUGCUAAGCUAAGAUAAUCACCUGCUGGCACAGUAGAGUAACAAAUAAGGGUAUUUCCCAAAAUGUUGAACUAUUCCUUUAACUGUGUAUGAUUGUAAAUGUACAGGCCAGAAAGUAAAGCACUCGACAGACUGGCCCACAUGUUGCUGUAAUCAGUAGAUGCUGUUCUUCCCGGGGCACAUGAGACUGAGGUGGGGAACGAUGAGAGAGAGCUCAGCACAUUCACACAAACACACACUAUGGAGACAUUCAAGGCUGAAUGACUGCAGUUGGCCACCAGACGUCCUAGCGGGAGAUCAAUGCUGAGCACACCCUGGGUCACUUCAAAGUUACUGUCGUCUGAUUCUGUGCCUCAAAUACAUCAGGGUUCCGAGGUGCCUUAACCUGUGCCCUUAAUCUCUGCUCCUUCAUUUGAACUGUGCACACAUCACAUUCUUCUCAGCCAGUGUUUCUAUCACAUCAUCUUCUCAUUCAUUCCAGCAUCAGGGAAUCAUUUAUAACAUGGUCCUGACAUUCCUGUCAGAAUGGGGUGCACUCAUUAGAUGGUGAAGCAGAGCAUUUGGACACAGCAUUCAACCACCCCCAGGUCUCUGGCUUAAGGGCCACAGGAAGGGAAGUUAGACGAAGGGUGAUCUGUUCACCUUUUAUUCUUUAUUUUUGACCCCAUCUAUUUUUUAAUUCUUUACCUCAUCUACUUUUGGUCUGAGUGGAAAACAACCGAUUGGUUUAACAGAACACUUUAACCCCAGGGAGUGUGGAGCGCUUCACAGCGCUGCGGUGGUGCCACAAAACUCAGUCGAUACAUUACGGACUUGAAUGGAUCUGAAUACACAAACCAUUCCAUGUGAAUGCCUACAGAUGAAUAAUAUGCAGUUUUUAACCUCCAUGGUUCAGCCGGCCUCUCUGCUGCUCUCUGUUCCCCAUGCUCUAACUGUGAGGGGUGUGCUGUCCACUCGCUGCUACGGUGUAGGGUUUUACAGCCCACUGUGACUUUUCCACAGGCCUGGGCCAAAUAGCAAAUGAAAUCCUCUGAUACCUGCCGAUUUUUGAAGAGGGAUCGUUGUCAUCAUCAAGCCCAUCUCAGUCGUAAAAAAUACAUGAAGCUAAAGGUGCUCUCUCGCUGUUUGGCCCAGGCCUGUAAACAUGAUGUAGUUAGAUAUGUAACAGUGAAUAUAGACUUGUUGAUAGGCAAUCCUCAGUCACUCUUGCAGCUGAAAGAGAAAAAAAAAAAAAAAAAAAAAAAAU